AUGAUUCCUUUAUAAGUCAAAUUAUCAUUUACAUCUUAGAACUUCAAUCAUCGUUAGUCAGCUUCUGUUUUGUUUAGGUAAUAUGAAUCCAGAAAACAAUCUCCUGUCACCCAUGUUGUUGUUACACAUAAUCCAAGAAGAAGUCACUAAUUUGAUGGCAGAUCCAUUUCACCAUCCAAGAUUCUAACUACCUCACAUGUCUAUCCAAAAAUUAUACAGUCCACAGAAUUGAAAACCAGAAUACCUACUUAAGUAAGUCCUUCCCUUGUAAUCUAGGGUUAAAGCAUCCCCAUUCAAGAGGCACUCAAGAUUUACUCAGCCAAAACCAAUACCGAUUCCCAGUAUAAUUCAAACAAGGUCUCUUCGUACAUUCAAGAGAAAAUUAAUGAAAAGUCAAACUACACCAAAACUACUACGGGGGAAAGUUAGGAUGACGAAAAGUCUUCCAAGCAAAAACCUUCAAUAAUUUAUUAAAAACAACUUCUUGACAAAGAUUUAUAAAUCAUGCAAUUAUAGAAAGAACUCAAAUAAAUUAAAGAAUCAAAUAAAAAAUAUCAAAACAUUGAAAAGGAGUACGAUAAACUUUUAUAAGAAAAUCAAAAAUUGAAAUUGCAAAUCUAACUAUAAUAAGUCCAAAUUACCUAACUUACACAUUAAUAAUCCUUGAUCUCUCCAGGGAGACCUUCAGAGUAUGUUAGUGCAUUGAGUGAAUAAGAUAAACUAAAAAUAAAGACUCUACUAGAAUGUGAAUGA